GAAAACUUAAAUUCACAUCCAUCCAGAAGUAUUUAACUUUUUUUUCUCGACUUGUUAUCAAUUGUUAAAUAUACUAAUCUCCAAUUACUUCGUUAUCAAUCGUAAUGAUAAGUUGGACUUUGGUUGUGUUGUUAAUCAUUAAUCAAGACUAUUGACAGUUUGUGGUCUGGUCACACCAUCCCAGAAAUUGAGACAGAGUGGAUAAUAUCCUGUUCAGUGCAGGGUCGAAAUAAUAUUUGAGUACAGAAACAAAGCAAAUAGACUUUAAUCUACGUGCUGUGAAUUUUAGGAAAAUUUUGAAAUUGUGUGCUAAAAUUAUACUUUGCAAAAAAGUGACAUAAAGUGUUUCAAAUUUUGAAAACUUCUCUGCAAAAUGUUCUGGUUAAUAUUUCUCGUCUUUGUCAUCCUCCUCUGCAUUUAUACGUACUCGAUUCAAUACUCGAGAAGUAAUCUCCCACCAGGUCCCUACACCAUCCCCAUUCUGGGGUCCGUUUUAGGGAUGGCCAUCCUCAAAAAGGAAGAAUUUCGCUUGACCGACAUUGUCAAACCGAAAGCUUACGAGUUUUUCCAUCUCGGUUAUAAAAAGUAUGGUGGCUUGUACUCCGUCUCUUGUGGGAAAUGGAUGGCCGUCGUCAUCGCAUCUUACGACAUCCUCCGCGAGGUGGAAAACAUGGACGAAUACUCAAUCAAAGUUUCGAACGAGCUGACCACGCCGCGUUCCAUGGGAAAAGAGCUUGGCCUCAUUUUCGCCGCCACACCCGAACUCUGGAUCGAAAUGCGGAAAUUUUCUCAAAGGACGCUCCGAGAUUUCGGAUUUGGGAAGCGCCAUUCCAUGCAAAGCGUAAUUGAAGCGGAAAUUUGCGAUUUGGUGACUGAAUUUCGCACCGAAAUUAAAUCGUCCAAUGGCACCUUAACCAUCCGGACGACGUUCAUCCUCUCCGUACUGAACGUGCUUUGGUGCAUGAUCGCUGGCGUGCGGUAUGCCCACGAUGAUCCAAAAUUGGUCAAAAUGCUCGAGAAAAAUUUUGGCAUGACGAAAGCUCAAACUUUUAUCGAUCCCGUACAUUCGUUCCCAUUUUUGAAAAAAGUUUUCCCAAAGUUUCUGAAGACGGAUUAUGUUUCCAAAGUUUUUGAAGAGUCGCACCAAUAUUCGCAGAGUUUAAUCAACGAGCGAAAAAUGGAAGGCGCUUAUCUCCAAGAGCCUCAAAAUUAUAUUGAUUGUUUCCUGAAAAAAAUCGAGGAAUCGAAAAAUGAUGCUAAAUCGGUCUAUACAACGGAAAAUUUGCAAAUGAUGAUAGAAGAUUUUAUGCAAACUGGCUCAACCACUUCGGUCGGGACGUUAAAUUAUGGCGUGCUUUUUCUCACCCUGAACCCAAAAGUUCAGCAAAGAUGUCAAGCUGAGAUUGAUGCCGUCGUUCCAAGACAUUUGGUCCCCACGUUGGACGACAUUGAAAAAAUGCCAUAUUUUCAAGCCACAAUUUUGGAAACGCACCGACUCGGAAACAUUGUUCCUAUCCCGAUUCCAAGAGUAGCCCCGACAAAUUGGACGCUUCGAGGGUAUACGAUUCCAAAGGACACGAUAAUAAUUUCGAAUCAUUACUCGGUCCAUAUGGACGAAGAAUAUUGGGGUGACCCAAAAACCUUCAGGCCGGAUCGGUUCAUCAAUGACAAGGGCGAAUUCGUCCAGGACAAACAUGUCUGUCAAUUUGGCUUUGGAAAACGAUACUGCAUCGGAGUGACGCUGACGAAUUCCGUGAUUCCAAUUUAUAUCGCAACAUUACUGCAAAAUUUCAACUUUUCCGUCCUUCCUGGCACCUCCCCGCCGACGACGGACCCCGAACUUGGCGUCAGCCUGUCGCCACAAGAGUUUUCCGUCCAUGUCACGGCGCGACCGUAGAAAAGAGAGGGAAAUGUCACUUAAUUAUUAUUAAGAUCAGAGGGCGGAUAUGUAUAUAUUUUCAAGCUUUUCAUUUGAUUCCAACCGACGGUAAAACUUUGUCGGUGUGUUCCUUAACUCGCAUUGAGCAAAAAAAUUAAAAAAUUACUUAUUCGAACAUAUUUCGAGGUUUCAAUAUUUUCGCAAUUAUUUAAAAAA